GCCCGACGCUCCCACCCUCCCCCUCUCGUCUCGCCUCCUCCGCCUCCGCCUCCGCCCCCGCAUUUACCGUCUCGCUUUAUAUCCCGUCCCGUCCGCCGGCAGCAGCACGCGCACGACGCCGUAACUAGACCGACGCUCUCGACUCACGCCUUGUCUCUCCUAUCCCAGUGACUGUGACCAGCAACAGCCAGCAGCAUGGGGACGACGGAGGCACCGGCGGCGGCCACGGCCAAGAAGCUGCCGCCGCUGUUCCUCGUCCGUGCGCGGUCGCGGGCUAGCCGAGUAGCCGACCUAGGCGACACGAGCGAUGCCGCCGCGUGGCCGUCGGGGCCGCCUGACACGCCGCCGCGCCGCUCGCCCGUCACCGUGCCGUUCCUCUGGGAGGAGGCGCCCGGGAAGCCCAAGGCGCCGCCACAACAGCCGAGCGACGGCGGGACCGGAACCGGCGCCCCGGACGCCCCCGCAGGCCCCGUCGUCCCGUCAGACGUCGCCGCCGCAGCCGACGCUGCUGCUAACACUACUACUACUACCCCUGCCACCGGCGCCGGCGAUCGCGACAACGGCGGCGACCGGGAGGAGGAGGCGCGCCCCGCGCCGCUGAAGCUGCCGCCGCGGCUGCAGCGCGUGGCUUCCGCGAAGCAGCAGCGCGACGGCUCGCCCUCCCCCAGGACCGUGCUCCACGCCCCUCACUACUACGGCUGCGCCGGCGGCGGCAGGAGGCCGCCGACGCCGAGGAGGACCACCGCCAGCGGCUUCGCUGCGACGCCGAGCGCCGGCGUGAGCCUCUUCUCCCUGAGCAAGAUCGCAGCACCGGCGGCGGGGACCAAGAGGCACAAAGGCGGCUGCGACGGCCGCGACCAUCUCAGCGCAGCGGCCCCGGACGCCCCGUGGGGUUCGCCGGCGGCGUCGUCGGCCUCGUCGUCGUCUUCGUCGUCCCUGUCCGCCAGCUGCUUCGGCGACGACCCCGGCCACCGCCGCGCGGCCGACGGGCGCGAGGACGGUUCGUCGGAGGAGGACGAGUGCGCCGCGGGGUCCGUGCGGAUCACCCGGUUCAGACGGAACCGGAGCCUCCCCGCCAUGACCACGUCUCACCUCUGGGCAAGUAUCCGAAAGAGCUUCAAGCAGAUUACUCCAUGGAGCUAGAUCUAUCCAAGUUCGGCGAUCACGAGGUGCCGACAACACUACUGGAAAUAAUCGGGCCAGGGGCGCUAAAUUGCAACUGUCCACAGAGAUUUUAGGAAGUGUACAAGUAUAUGCAACAAGGCAAUGCAAAAGUACGGCUCCAUGUACAUAGCUAAAACGUUGUAACGCAUGGUGCCAAUGUUGCGCAUGCCCCAAACUAAGUACUCGUACAGCCGAUUAUAUUUGAGCCUCUCAAUAUUUGAUACGGCAAUAACAAUGUAGAACCAUGUGUUCAUCAAGAACUAAGUACUCGUAUAUAUGUAUUGUGCAAAAUGCCGUCACAACUCACAUUAUACUAUAUAUAUAAACGGCAUCAUGCGCCAU